UUAAAGAGCAGAAGAAAAUAGUAUGGAUAAUCACGGAGAAGCUGAUAACGAAUGCCAUCGCGAAAAUGAUGAGGUGAUAAGCAGGACCCCCGCUAAUAUUUCCAAUAUCAUUGAUCAGAGUGUUAGUGUGACUGUCGAACGCUUGAACUACGAAACUAAUAUUGAAAUCAAGAAAGAGAGGAAUAAUGAAUUUCAAUUGGAUGAGAAUGAAUCUUUUGGCGACGGGGAAGCACAAGAAGACGAUAGUCAAAGGGAAAACCAUGGUCGUAAACACAUCUCGACUCUAACAUCAAGGCAUUACGCGAGUCACGUCAGAGUAUUCAAAGAGUGGUUAAAGUGCAAGGGAAUGGAGGAUGAAUUUGAAGACUGGAAACCAAGAGAGAUCAGCAACUGGUUGUCUGACUUUUACAAGGAAUCACACCUAAAACAUGGUGGUACGAAGAGAGCCAGCUCCUUGAGAAUCAUACGCUCAGCCAUUGAUCAUCAUCUUAAGAGUGAACCAUACUGCAAGUCCUACAGCCUCACUCACUCUCCAGAAUUCAGUAAAGCUAACGCUACAUUGCAUGACCUGGAAGCAGCCCAGAAAGAGUACCUUGAUUCCUCAGAAUGUAGUUCUACUGCAUCAGCUUUAAAUGUGGAAGAGAUUCGUAAACUGUGGGCCACCGGAGUUGUGGGAAUCAAGACUCCAAAGUCUUUACAGAGAUUGGUGUUUCUGGCUGUGGGAAUCAAUUUUGGGAUUACCUCUCGUGAUGACUUGCGUGAUUUAACACCUGACAUGUUUGAGUUUCACAUUGAUGAGACCACUGGACUUGAAUAUGCUGCUUGCAAACUAAGUGAGUCAUUAUCCAAUCAGUUGAGGAGUAAAAAGUAUAAAGGCAUUGGGAGGAAAAUGUUUAGUGUACCUGGAAGUUUACAGUGCCCUGUUGCAGCAUUGAAAUUAUUCCUUCAAAGACGAAACCCAUCUUGCCCUGCAUUUUUUCAAAUACCAAACCGUGAUUUUGCUACAAGUGGAGUUUGGUACAGGUCACAAGCAGCUGGACUAAACUGUCUGUCAGGAAUGUUGAAGGAUAUGUCGCAUGAGGCUCUCUUACCAGUUGAUUACUCCAAUCACAAUUUACGAGCUACACCUCCCAUAGUGCUCUACAAGGCCAUGGAAGACUUACUACGACCUCCACGAAUUGUGAAUGGUGCAAUUCUAAACAACAAGAUUGCUUUAAAUAGCUCAGGACCCCCUCCAUUGUUGAACUCACACAUUCCAGCCACAGCAGCAGUAAACAUUGAUGCAAGUCCUAGAGUUGGCCCUGGUGUGCAGUCAAAUCAUAUUCAAGUUGCUCCAAGAGAAGCAAGCACUGUUGGCAAUGUGAGCAAUCCUUUAGACAAUGUUCCUUAUUCAAACCCUGCUCAGAACUUGCAUCAAGUGUUCUGCAUUCCUCAGCAAUGGAAUAUUAGUGACAUUAUCAAAGUUGUAAAUUCAGGUGAAGCACUUGUGAUUGUGAAAGAACCAAGCAAGACAGAAGGUCAGUCACAUGUUAAUGGUGAAGUGACACAGAUCAGAGACACACAGCAGCCACACGGCAGAUCUGGGCGAAAGCAGCCAGAGCCAAAAAGAUUUUGCAGAGAUCCUGAUGUUUUGAAAGAUGAGUCAUCCAAGGUUGAAGAUGCCUGCAUGAAGGCAGUAAACACUAUGAAAACAGCACUUCAGAACUUGGAUGAUCUCAUGUGUAAACAACACCCUUCUGGCAAAGUUAUUGAAGAGUUGUCAGGUGUAAGUUACAGUAUUCAAGAGCUUUUACAAAGGAUUAACUCAGCAGAAAAUUGUUAAUUAACAGACUUAGCUUGGUUUUUAGAAUCUGAUCUUUAAGAAGUCUUUCACAUUCAAAAACAUUAACAGUCCUUGGUGCAUUUAAAGGCUACUUUACUACUUGCAUUUUGAAUAGUCUGAAAUGCUGCCAUGGCAUCCCCUUAGAGAUAAUAAGGCACAACAGAACCCAUCACGGGAUAAUGGGGAAGGGGUCACCUAACCUUAGACAAUAUACUCUUCAAACAACAGGGAAAAUAACGUUUAUCAAUAACAGAACUUAAAAUCAAGAGUUGUCUACAUUCAUUUGGGAAAACACCCAAGAGUUAAAAACUAAGUAAGAGAGGAAGGAAAACUGUCAAGGAUAGAGAUUGACAAUCACUUUUAUGACGGUUUUAACCUUUGGUUCUUAGGACUAACUAUUGAGUUAUUUCUCCUUACUACAAACAAAAAAUUCAUUCAACAAAUUCCACUAACUGAUAAGAGGACGUUUAAUAUCUAGGCCAUUUUAUUAAAAAUACUUGCAGCUUGUCAAGCAACAAUGAGGCAUUUAUUUGAUACCUUUUUCAAGGAAACAAACAAACACUGUGGUGGUGGUGUUCAAUCUAAAAACUGGGUAUUUUAAGAAAGAAAUUUCACUAAACCUUCUCCCAGGUCAUUCCUCUACAAGAGUGUAAAUGCAGAUUUAUUUUAAAAACAAGGUAAGAGUAAAGGAUGAGUUGUUUAGAACAUAUAUUUAAAAGGUGUUUUUUAAGAAUUACUAUUUAUAAAGUACUCUUAAGGUGUUUCUUUGUAUCUUUGUAGAUAAAGUAAAUUUCCAAUAUCAGAGAACUUUGGCACUGGAACAUGUUUGUUCCGAUUUUUUGCUACAUGUUUGGGAUUUGACCAUUUGGACUUCAAAGGGGAAAAAUUCAAAACACUUAGAUGAUUGUAAAUAUUCUAAUGAAUAAUUUAGAGCAUGAGUUUUUUUUUUUUUUCUGGAGGUUUAUGGCUUAAUUAGAGAACAAAGAUAUUUAUCACAGUUCAGUGGCAGGUUUUUUGACAGACAUUAUUUAUUAAGGAGUGAAUGAGUUCAAGCUUUGCAAAAGCUGCAACAAAAAUCUUUGCUGAUAAUUUAUUUGGAUUACAAACAUUAUAUUGUUUACAAAAGUUAUAUUUCCAAGUCAUAGUUCAUAACAAGGGAGCAUUGCUGGAACAAAACCAUGCUUUUUCUCACAUUUGUUGUCUUUUUCUCUGAUAUUUACUUACAGGAAGUUGUUAAAAGGAGAUAGUUUUAUAGGUGCCUUUUUCAGGUUCUAAUUAUCUCAAUUAGAGUUGUACUCAUUGUGCAUUUAUUUAGACUAUUUAGCUAUUUAUCAAAUAUAAAAACGUGCAAAUUAAUGAAGUGUUGGGCACUUUUUGAUUUUGUUCCCUUGAAGAGGAAUUGUUACUGUAUAAUUUUUUUCUUUGGUUGACUUAUUGUAAGUCAAAGCGUAAAGAUUCUCGCGGAAACCUUUAGCACUUGGCUGUAAAUUUAAUCCCAAUAGUUUCAAAACGUCGCCUGUAUUUCUUUCCGUGAUCUAACACUUCUAUGGCGUCACAUAAGUAUUAACGUUGACAGCAAUUCUUGUUGGCAAAAUUUUUCAGUAACUGAUAGGAAAAUUGACGUCCUUUCACGUUAGUUAUUGUAAAAAAAAGGUUUUUACAGACUUUUCCUUAACCAGUGCAUGCCAAUAAAAGUUGCAACUCAG